CUGAAGAGCGCCACGUCAGUGACCGCCGUGGAAAAAGAUCAGAAAUCACGAAUAAAAAAUUCACCCCGUUGUUCUCUGUUUCAACCACCGGUAUUCCACUUUCCCGUUAACCUCUGCUCUCCCUUUCCAUCGAAACCCUAACGGCACCUGAGAUUUCCUGAAGAGAUAUGCGAAUUUCCGCAGUCGUAGCCGACGUACUGGUGGCUCUGCCGUCUCCUUGCGGCUUCAAGUCGCCGGAAUUCAAGCAUUCAAACUCGUUCUCCGAUUCCAAGUUCUGUCUUUCUUCUGGAUUCUUCAGAAGCUCUCCUUCCCAUUCCAUUACUAAGCUAGGAACUGGAUUGGAUUAUAAGUCCCAGUCAAGAUCCUUAGUAGUGAGAGCAUCGAGUAGUUCAAGUGGUGAUUUGGCACCGGUUGCUCCUGUUCAGUUUGAUUCUCCAGUUGGCCAGCUGUUAGCACAGAUACUGCAAUCCCAUCCACAUCUUCUCCCUGCAGCCAUUGAUCAGCAGCUUGAGAACCUUCAAGCUGAAAGAGAUGCCCAGAGAGAAGAAAUGCAACCUUCAUCACAGCAAGAUCUCCUCCUCUACAAGAGAAUAGCUGAAGUCAAAGAGAAGGAAAGACAGAAGAUAUUGGAGGAGAUAAUGUACUGUUUGGUUGUAGAGAAAUUCGUAGACAAAGAAAUUGCAAUGAUCCCAAAGGUAUUAGCUACCUCAGACCCUACCAGCAGGGUGGACUUCUGGCCAAACCAAGAACUGAAACUGGAGUCCGUCCAUUCCCCAGAAGCAUUCGAGAUGAUACAGAGCCACCUAUCCAUUGUUCUCGGGGAGCGCUUUGUGGGACCACUAGAUUCCAUUGUCCAGAUCAGUAAAAUCAAACUUGGAAAAUUAUACGCUGCUUCUAUCAUGUACGGUUAUUUCUUGAAGCGGGUCGAUCAGAGGUUUCAACUCGAGAGAUCGAUGAACACCCUACCUAAGGGUUUCGAACAAGAGCAGAUUAAGUUUGAGGAUCCAAAACCCGGAAUUCGGCUGUGGGACCCUGAUUCAUUGAUACGUAUUCUACCGGACGAUGGUGAUGGAGGGGACCCCACUUCCUCUGAUGAGGGUAAGGGAUACAGGCUGAGAUCCUAUGUGAUGUAUUUAGAUGCGGAGACACUCCAGAGAUACGCAACUGUAAGAUCCAAGGAAGCGAUUUCUUUGAUCGAGAAGCAGACUCAGGCCUUGUUUGGAAGGCCGGAUAUCAGGAUUUCUACAGACGGCUCACUUGAUACAUCUAAUGACGAAGUCAUUGCUAUUACUUUCUCUGGGCUGACGAUGCUGGUUUUGGAGGCUGUUGCAUUUGGAUCGUUUCUUUGGGAUGCUGAAAGCUAUGUCGAAUCCAAAUGCCACUUUCUUAAAAGCUAGGCCAAGCGUUAGUCACGAGAUUUGAUGUUCUUUCAGCUUUGUGGAUUGUAUUGCUUGUUAAAAAAAACCUGUUAUUUGAUAAUUACUGAAUGUAAAUAGGGCUAGUUUGGACGGGAGGAAUGUUGAGGGGAAUGUGAAUGAGGUCAAACAUUCCAAACCUUGGGGGCCAUUGGAGAGUUUGCUCGGUUGAUAAUUUCGCGGUAUCAAAAUUAGUUGAGGUUCGCGAGCUAGCCUAAACAUCUGAUUAAAAAAAAUGAGUACUCUACGUUGACUUCACAAA